AUGUCAUCCGAGAAGAAGAAUUUCCAAGUCGCCGUCGUCGGCGGCGGCAUUGCCGGUCUCACGCUGGCCAUCACGCUCCAUCAUCGCGGCAUCCCUGUGACCAUUUACGAGCAAGCCUCUGCCUUCGCGGAAAUCGGCGCGGGUGUCUCCUUCAGUCCCAAUGCCGUCGAUGCGAUGAAGACCUGCCAUCCCGGCAUCCACGCCGCGUUCGAGAAAGUAUGCACGCGCAACCUAUGGCCAACCAAGCAGAAAGUAUGGUUCGAUUACCUCGACGGAUGGAGCCAAGGCGAGUCCCGGGACGCAAACAACGCCAGUCGCCAGGACAUCGCGUUUACGAUAUCCAACUCCAUCGGGCAGACGGGCGUUCAUCGGGCUCAUUUCCUCGAUGAGUUGAUCAAGUUGAUUCCUGAGGACAUUGCGCGGUUUAACAAGCGAUUGGAGAAUAUCGUCGAGCGGAAGAGCGAUGGGAAACUGGUCAUGCAGUUUGCGGAUGGCGAGGAGCAUGAAACAGAUUUAAUUAUCGGGUGCGAUGGUAUUAAGUCCCGUGUAAGGCAGAUCAUGGUCGGCGAGGGGCAUCCGGCUGCCAAUCCGACUUAUACGCAUAAGUAUGCCUAUCGCGGGCUGGUCCCGAUGGAUAAGGCGAUUGAGGCGAUCGGCGAGGAACUUGCUUCUAAUGCGUGCAUGCACAUGGGCCCCGGCGGCCACAUGCUGACUUUCCCCGUCAACCAAGGCAAAACGCUCAACAUCGUCGCCUUCCACACGAGUCCCGAGCCCUGGGCCGAUUAUCCCCGACUCACGCGCGACGGGACCCGGGAGGAAGUUCUGCGGGAUUUCGAAGGCUACGGACCCAACGUGAUUAAUCUGUUGAAGUUGACUGAUCCGAAACUCAGCGUGUGGGCAAUCUUCGAUCUCGGCGAACACCCCGUGCCGACCUUCUACCAGGGCCGGGUGUGCAUCUCCGGAGACGCAGCACAUGCCACGUCACCGCACCACGGAGCCGGAGCUGGCUUCUGCAUCGAAGACACGGCUAUUCUGGCGGCGAUGCUGGAAGAUGAUCGGGUGACGUCGGUGCGGGAUCUCGAGGCCGUGCUGGCCACUUUUGAUAGCACUCGACGCGAACGCACGCAGUGGCUGGUCCAGAGUAGUCGGUUCAUUGGGGACUGCUAUGAAUGGCGGGCUGAGGGGGUGGGACGGAAUUUUAAGAAGAUCGAGGAGGCGAUCAAUUAUCGCAAUGGGGUCAUUGCGAACGUGGAUAUUCGACAGAUGUGUAAGAAUGCGGUGGAUGAGCUUGGAGGGAGGUUGCCUGGGCGUGUGAAGGGGUCGCUUUAG